AUGAAUGUCAACAAGAAGUUCGAUCGCUUCAAGCAAUGGGCGGGGGAGCGAAUGGGCGGCGAAGUCAAGACCAACCUCUCGGACAACUUCAAAGCCUUGGAGACGGAGAUGAACGUACGGCAUGAAGGUGUGGAUCGUAUUCACAAAUCCACGACCGCCUACAUCAAGUCCGUUUCCAAGCGCAGCGAAGGUGACGACAAGGAGAAAACAUUGCCUAUUGCCCAUCUAGGUGCCAGUAUGGUUGGCUACGGGGAGGAUUUUGAUGCGAAUUCAGAAUAUGGUUGCUCCUUGACCAUGCUCGGACGGGCAGAAGAACGCAUUGCUCGUAUUCAGGAAUCCUACAUCUCUCAGGUGAACUCGAGCUGGCUUGAGUCUCUGGAACGAUCCUUGACUCAGAUGAAAGACUACCAGGCUGCGCGCAAGAAGCUUGACAGCCGCCGACUGGCUUAUGACACCUCACUCUCCAAAGUGCAGAAAGUGAAAAAGGAGGACUUUCGCAUGGAGGAAGAACUCCGAACCCAGAAGGUCAAGUACGAAGAGGCCAACGACGAUGUCUAUCGACGGAUGCAGGAUAUCAAGGAUGCAGAGGCCGAGUACGUUGCAGAUUUGGAGGCAUUCAUGGAAGCCCAAUUGGACUACCACGAGAAGUGCACGGAAGUGCUCCUUCAGAUUAGGAAUGAAUGGCCUAGCAGACACUCUCAGACACCGACCCUGAACGGGCGCCGUAUCGGACGGGCUCGUUCCAACACUGCGCACUCGUUCCAAGACCGAUGUGAACCAUUGCAGGAGGAACUGACCAAUGGGACUGAUCAGCGGCCCAUUAUUCGCUCAAACAGAUCUCCCUCGUCCCAUUUUGCGGAGUCGAGAGAAACCUAUGCACCCGACACCCCUCCUCAGAGACCUAUUCUCAACCGGAUCACAACCUUUGAGGGACCCACACAGUUACGGCAGGAGCACUCGUCUGCAUCACCUCACUGGCCGUCGCGGACAGCCAGUGAGAAUGCCAUUACCCGGAGGAAUAGCAUCCAAAAUCGGUCUAUCCCAAGAGUACCCGCUGAUCCUCACAUGGAUUAUCCCGGAGAAUUCCGCUCCCAGAACGGAACGAGCCCUGAAAGAUUGUACUAUGGGCGGUCCGAGUCACCAGCGUCAUCUUAUGGAGGUGAGGUUUCGAGAAGGGCCAGUUCCACGACAUUGAACAAUGCCGGUUUACAUAAGAAGGCCCCUCCACCCCCUCCACCUUCACGCGCAAAGAAGCCCGCUCCUCCUCCUCCUCCGAUGAAGAAAACCAUCCUCAGCGCUGGCGAAGCGUAG